UUCAACAAAAAUAUUCUUGGUGAGACUGGAGAAAAGCCUCUCCUCUGAAUCAAGUUUGGGCCUCGCGGCUGAAGACACAGUCACACAGACAUCCGUUUAACUCAUCAGCCCAAUGCUCGAGGAGGAUUGAAGUUGUCGGACCCAAUAACUUCCGACUACUUUCUAUAACCGGAUCCUGCCUCUACCCUUCGCUUCAGAAGCACGAUUAUUAGCCAUUGCUCUUCCCCCUCAAAAAUCCAAAUCCUUCUCUCACGCCGUAAACGAACUUGGGGUGGUCCGUACGGCUUGCCUUUUUCACUUUUUUUUUUUUUAAAUUUUUAAUUUUUUAUGCCUUCCUUCUCGGCCGUAUCUUUUACAGAAGGUUAGACUGCGGCCAGUAGCGUCAGGGAAAUGGCAGGCCACGAUUUGGUGUGUAACCGUCUUUGCAAUUAAGCGCAGGUUACAAUUUACAAAAUGCAGGAUGUUACUACGGCACUGACUUAUUUAAAAUAGAUUGUGUCAAUCGUCUCUUCUUCCAGCUUUUUGAAAAAAAAAAAAAAAGGCUUAAGCUUCUCAUAUUAUAUAUUGAGAAGAGGGCAUCUGUUGCUGGGUUUGGAGUCCUUUUGGGGAAGAAAAGGGAGUCCUGAUGAGACAUAAUUUUAAACUAUGAAGUAGCACAGAUGGACGGCUGUGAAUUGGAGUUUAUGUGUUUGUUCAUGAGUUUCUGGGCCUGAUGUCUACUGGGGUGAUGACUAUUUGCAAGAGAUGGUUGAAUUUUUCUCGAGGAAUUUCAUUGAGGCGUGGGAUCAUCAAGAAAUUGGUGCUCACUUGAGUGGCUUGUAAUUGAUAUAAGAUGGAUUGCUUGUUGACUGUUAUGUGUUUUACAGUUGGGAUUUGGUGUUUAUAUUUUGGAGGGAAUGAGAGGCUUGAUAUGGCUCAUGGAUGAUCAUGGGUGUGUGGUUGUACUGUGGACAGGGAGGAGGCAGCAGCUGUUAGUGUGUUGGUUGAGUUGGUGUUUUUGCUGAUCGGUGGUGGUAGGUGUUGAUAAACAUAAGUUUGAACAUGAGUUCAGUCAGCAGGAGCAGGAGCCGGACCCCCAUGGAUCGUAAGAUCCGAUCUGAUCACUUUUCUUACCGUAAUGCACCCUACAGGACGGAAUCUCGUCGGGUUUUCAGCCAAAACAAUCUAUGCAAGAACUGCAAACGACCAGGUCACUAUGCUAGAGAGUGCCCUAACGUGGCAAUUUGUCACAAUUGUAAUCUUCCUGGGCACAUUGCUUCAGAAUGCACAACCAAGGCUCUAUGCUGGAAUUGUCGUGAACCUGGCCACACUGCUAGUGACUGUCCCAAUGAGGGAAUCUGCCACACCUGUGGGAAGGCUGGACACCGGGCCAGAGACUGCACAGCACCCCCAAUGCCACCUGGGGAUGUGAGGUUAUGCAAUAACUGCUAUAAGUCUGGUCAUAUUGCUGCUGACUGUACAAAUGGCAAGGCAUGCAACAACUGUAGGAGGCAAGGUCACUUGGCACGUGAUUGUGCAAAUGAUCCGAUCUGCAACUUGUGCAAUGUAGCUGGACAUAUGGCUAGGCAUUGCCCAAAAGCUAACAUUAUAGGAGGUCGAGGUGGUGGUGGUCGUAGUGGUGGUUACCGAGACCAUCGAGACAUUGUGUGCCGAAACUGCCAUCAGCUUGGUCAUAUGAGCCGAGAUUGCAUGGGCCCUCUGAUGAUCUGCCAUAACUGUGGUGGAAGAGGACACAUGGCAUAUGAGUGUCCUUCUGGGAGAUAUUUGGACCGCUAUCCUCGGAGGUACUGAUGAUGCAGCCUAUGUCAGUGGCAACGAUUUAUAUUAGCAUUAUGCUUUGCUUAUGAUUGAAGGUUUGGAAGUUGGAACCAGAUAGACUUUUGGAUUUUAGCCUAGCAAUUUGUGGAGUUGGUGUUAAGCAUAUAUUUUAUUUUCAUUAGAACUUCAUUUUUGUUUGGAUUAAAAGAUUUAUUACUACCAAAAUCCGCUUGUUGAUCCAUGUGAUUUUCCCUUGAUGUAUUAAAUCCUCCGCUAAUUGUUUCAAGCUUUGAAAGCAGAAUGCUUCCCCAGUGACCUCUAUCAUAUGCUAGUGUUGAGGUAGCUGUUAAUGGAACGCAUCAGGAUGUUGCUAGGCAUCGUAUUGAAAUUUAUGUAUAUAUGCUUGAAUUCCAAGCCUUUAGGUACUUGGAGGAUGUGGCCAUUAUCGGUCAUGUUUUGGGGGCAAAGCUCUCUUAAAUAAAUGUGGGAUGAGGAACUUAAAGCUCCUAUAACUUUUACAAUGAGUCGUCCCACGAUUGGCAGCGAGUUCGUUCACCACAAAUCUACGGGCAAUCUCCACAGAUCCUUUUGAGACGGAUUUGGAUAACCCAAACAAGAAAGCCUAAGAAGGGAAAACAGUUGUAAGGCCCACCCAACAAUCACGGCCAUCGAAAGGCCCAAAGCGAAGUCAAAGAUUUAUUACAUCAAUGACCCGUAAUUACUGUAUAACCUCUGGCGGAGAGGAGUGAGUCCAACAAAGCCGAGGGCCCAGGAGCUUAGAUUCGUCAUUACAUUAUCGCACUUUAGGACAUAAUCGUCAUUCGCUCACUCACCAACAAAAUAGAACUCUCUCUCCUUAGGUUAGUGUUUUCCUCUCUGUAAACGACACCGUCUCUGUUCCCCCUGUCUUUCUCUCUCUCUCUCUCUCUCUCUCUUUGAUUCUUUUAUUUCGCAAAAUAAAAAUAUUGUAUAAAACACAAAAUGACGCCCGAAAUUUUUACCCCGAAUUCAAAGCCCUAGGGCUUUCAAUCUCUAGGGUUUCCCUCGAU